ACGAAACCUUUUGCGGUUUUAAAUUCAAUCUAUAACCUUGAGUUUGAAGGCGGAAAUUCAGUAUUGGCGCUGCUUUUAAGAUCACCUUGUAGCUCGAAUUCUUCCUGUCAACAGUGGUUCUGUAAUUUGUAUUGGUUGUUACUUUUAGCGAAACAAUCCAAGAUCUCAUCAUAUUUAUGGAUGGUGACAUUUUGAAUGUUUUGAAUUCUAUCAAAACUGUGGGAAAAGACAAUGCUGCAAUCUGUAUUCCCUUUGAGAGACUUGCUCAAUAUUUAUUACUUGAUAAGGAUAGUCUUCCGAGUAACCUUCGCUUAUCACUCAUUGAAUGUAUCGCGAAUAUGGCGUUCGAUCCAUCAAUCAUCGGAUUAAAAGGUUUUGAGUUAUUAUUUCCUGGCUUGUGGAAUUUGGUAUAUCUCUCCCCUUCAACGGACAGAACUAUAUCAUCACUUGUAUUCCCUGUAUUAAAUCAGAUUAUACAGUUUAAUGCCUUUGUCGAUUUCAAUGGUAGCCUUCCAUCUGUUUUGACUAUUUCAGUCAAAAAAACAUGUGAAUUAUAUAUGCCUGAAACAGAUUGUCUUUUAUUUUUGAGUGAACUUCUACGGUAUGGUGUAAAAAACAAUAUAGAUUUGGAAGAUUCUCUGUUAAAGAGCUUGGCCGUUUGUUGUGAAAAAUUCGAUCCAUCGUGUAAAGAUGAUUUGCUUUGGAAUUACUUAAUUUUAAUGAUAAAAUUAAUAAAUUUAAUGCCUACAAUUGAUAAUGGUAUAGGUUUAUUAGAACAUCUUAAACAUCCAAUUCUAUUUUGUUUGAAUUGCUUGAAGACUGAACGAUUUUACAGCAUCAAUAAACAAUUCUGUAUAGUUCUCCAAUUUUUGGUCGCUUUGUCAAACGUUUUUCAAUCAUUAAAAUGGUUGGAAAAUUUUUGCAAUCAAACUAAUCAUGGUGAACCAUUUACUCUUGUUGUUACAACCCUUACUAUUGAACUACGAUUAUAUCUGACUCAGAAAUCCUCAGGAAACAAUAAGAGUAAGAGUGAUAACAAUAAUGUUCAGUGCGUUUUGAAUUCUGGCAGUGAGGAAGAGAAAAAUUUUAGGACAUCGUCAGAAAAUUGUACAGAUAUAUUGAUUUGCUCAGAUUCUUCAGUAAUUAAUUGCAAUAUAUUAGAAGCAUGUUUACUUUUAUUUCAAUAUUGCCUACAAGAGUUACAGAAGAGUGACACUGAUCAUAAUAAUUUAGAUACUGUUAAUAAAUGUAGUGACAAUUCUUCUUAUCGCUCCUUAAUUUCAUAUGCUACUGACGAUACAGUGAAAAAUAUUUGGUUACAAUGUUUAGAUACUGGUGAAUUGUUACGAAAUUUACUGAGUUCAUUUAAUCCUUCUAUAAAAAAUCAAGAUCCCAGUUGUGAAAUAUGUACUGAUACACACUUUUUAUGGGAUAAGUCGGUUAAUGAAAUUAAACCACUUGGUACAGUUUUACUUGAAACAUAUUUCAGUUGGAUUGAAUUAUACUUUAAGACGCAUUGUACGGAAUUAGAAAAGAAUUUUGAAAUCAUGUCUGUUUUUGAAGAACUAUUCAAUAAAUAUUUAACUCCAGUUUUACCGAUUUUGGAUACACUGAUGACAAAUUUCUUUGAAAAUCAUCGUUUGUCAACUGCCUCGCAUCAAAUUUCAUCUACAGAUAAUUCGAAAAUCGUUCAAUCCGUUGCAAACAUUUCAACUAUUUUAGUUCAGCUGUAUAGAAUCCCUUCAAAUACUGACUCGUCUGCUAACUUAUUUAGAUAUAAUUCGACUGGUAGACCAUUUCGUGGAAAUAUGGUUUGCAAAUGGUUGAAAGAGAGUUGUUGCGCGAAUAUUGUAACUGCCCAGAAAUCUAAUAUGUGUUCAUUCGUUACCCUUGUUACUAACAUCUUGGAACUUAUAAACAAAUGUCUGUUGAAUACGCUGUUACUCGACACGAAGGACAGUAUACAGGAAACCAAUUUACUUAUGUGGCUUUUGAGUCCUGGUGAAUUAUUGAAGUUUUUUGUUGGUAAUUGGAUCUCUUUCAUAGAUUCUCUAAUUGUAAAUCAACCAUCUCUUUGCAUAGAAUAUAUUUGUACAGUUAUUAAAAUAUGGAUAGUUUAUUGCAAAUGGUCCAAAUUAUUCAGUUCUAAUUUAUGUGAUCAAAUGAAAAAAUGUCUAUCGGCUAUUCCUGAUGAACUUUUAAAAAGAAUCGAUAAAAUUUUAUCAUUGUUUGAGGUUGCGUCAUUGGAUUCUUCAGUUGGAUAUCAUCUUUCUAAUCUUCGCGAUGUGAUCUACUACCAAUAGUUCCUGGGUUCAAAUCUCGUGGGGCAGGAUCGCAGAUGCGCACUGCUGAGGAGUCCCAUACUAAGACGAAACGUCAGUCUAAUGCUUCCAGGUUUUCUAUGAUUGUUUAGCUUCGAGUGAUUUACGAACUCAACUAUUAAUAUCUACAAAACCCCCUUCUUCUUAUUUAAUUUAAUUAAUCAUUGGAAUUUUAACAGACUUUUCUUAUAAUAAUCUUUUAACAGUUGAAUGUAACAGUCAGUUACGUACUUAAAACAAUUAUUUAAACAAAACCACUAAAAAAUACCAUUACAGCCUUCAAGUUUUUUUACAAAUUGAAUGUGUUCAAUGAUAAAACAGAACAAUAAUUUGAAAAAAAACUGGUUAAUUCAAAUAGUGAUAUUUUGUGAAAUUUUGAAAUGAAUCAACAAAAAAACCCAGUAAUUUUUCAUUCAUUCUAGAUAGAAUUUAUCUCUUGUUUGUUUUGUUUUGUCUUUAUAAAUGAGCAAUUCAAUAUAAACAAGUCUAUUUGUUUGUUUUCAUUGGAAAAUUGCAUUCAAAUCAUUCAAUCUAAUAUAAUUAAUUAUCUGUGUAAGUGUUAAAUUUCUACAGUUUUUCUAUAAAAAAAACAGAGUGAACCUUUCAAAAUGUAAAAUUGAACAUUUAAAAAAUAAACAGCAGACUAGUUUUUUCGAUGUUUACGAGAAAAACCUGACCAUAUUUCUCCCUCUCUCUCUCUCUUUGUGUGUGUGUGUGCAAUAUUAUUUAAAUUUCCAUUCUAAUAGAUUUGGCAUAAUCUAUAUCACGUUUUAAUUGACAUGUAGCUAAUUGUCCACAAAAGCAUGUAAUACAAACAUCAUUCAUUAGAGUACCCUAAAAUGUAAAUAAAAUAUACACAAUUGACUAGUUAUAUGAAUAGAAAAGUAAUAAUUAUUAUAUAAUAUGUGUAUUUUUUCUUAGUAAAAAAUAGUACUUAUGUAGUGAACAGAACACAAGUG